AGGGAGGGAGGGAGUCGCUCUCUCGCAGCACCUUGCUGUGUUUUCUCCUCACCUCCUCUCCUCACCUCCUCGCACCUGCCAUGGGGCAGCAUGGAGCCUGAGCCUUCCUGGAAGAGCAGGGCCACCCCGGGACAUGACACCGACCUAGAGGCGAGCUCCGGCAGGAUGGCAUCUAAGGAGAGGCUCUACGAACUGUGGCUGCUCUACUUCACCAAGAAAGAUCUGAAUUAUUUGCAGCAAUGGCUGGAGGCGUUCGUGAUCAACUUCGAGAAGAUCAUCUCCGUUCACACCCUGGAGCCGAGGAGACCUGAAGAUUCGACCUCGGAGAUUCCGGUCUUACCCCGCGAUGUCCUCCAAGUCCUGAGCCAGCAGCUGGGUCACUGCACUGAGGAUUUAAAGGAACACUCCACCUUGAACCAGGCCCUCCUCCUCCUCAAAUUCUUCAUCAUCAUCAGCAGGAAUCUGGAGAAUGUGGAGAAGGAGAAGACUCCAGUUUUCGUCAGCGAGGUGAUCCGACUUCUGACCGCGUCUGCUAUAAAGUUCAAAAGCCCAGCUGACGAGGACCAAGAGGAGCUGUGGUCCCUUACUGAGAAAGUCACCAUCUACGCUCUGCACCUGUGCGAGUGUCUCUUCGAUCCCUACCAGACGUGGAGGCGACAACUCGGAGGGGAAAUUGUAAGUGCAAAAGAAAAGAGUAAAUACAAGUUUUCCCCGGCCGCUCUGCCCCCGGAAUUCUGCACCUUCUUCCAAGAUGCCUUCCACAAUGGGGACAACCUGCCAGAACUGGUCAAACUGCGCCUGGUCCACCUAUACGGUGCCAUUAUUACCGGCAAUAAGACCAAUGCUCUUCUCCUCAUCAGUCUAUCCUCCGUAGAGGUCCUCAUGCUGGUCCUGCAGAGCUGGUGCGUUAGUCAGGGAGCCCGGAACCUGCGCAUCCUACAGCUGACUCUGAACUGUCUGAUCUCCAUGAUCCACAUUCUGCACAGCAGCAACCCCGGGCAGAGGAGGGUGGAAAUACGACACAUCCUGGACAGCUACUUCAAGGUCCUCAACAGCGACCGGCCUCUGUACUCUGCUGAAAGGCUAGCGGGGCCCCACUGGGAGGAGGGCCUCCUGACGCUGCGAAUCAACAUGCUGCGGGCCAUCCCGGAGAUGCUGAACUGCAACGAUCGGCCGGUCCUGCAGGCCAUAUUCCUCAGCAAUAACUGCUUUGAGCACAUCAUCCGCCUCAUCCAGAACAGCAAGCUUUAUUUGUGCAGUGGUCGCAGUGCGGAGGAGACCGAUCUGACCACUCAGUUACUGACCGAGCAUGACAUCAUGAAGGUCAUCGACUCUGAUUCAGAUUCCAUCACGGUCAACGCCAUCAGCGUUCUGACCUCCAUCAUGAGGAAUUCUCCAUCUGCCAAGGAAGUUUUCAAAGAGCGGAUUGGCUACUCGCAUCUCUACGAGGUUCUGAAGAGCCGUAGUCAGCCGACCAGGCCCCUCCUCCAGCAGCUGCUGAGCAUGGCCCUGGAAGGUGUUUACAAUCCGGAUUACAUUGGCUGCAUAGAGAACGAGCAGCCGCUGCUCAUCCUGGUCCAGUGGAUCCCAGAACUGGCUCCCAGGGACCUCCAGAUUUUGGUGUCGGAGAGGCUGAAUCAGAUCUGCGGCGACUCCCUGCGGAACCGCAUGACGUGCGUCCAGGCCGGGAUGGUCGGCCACAUCCUGGCGGCGCUGGACAGCGGGAAGGAGCUGGACGCCAAAUGCGCAGAAAACCUGAUCCGCCUCCUGCAGGUGCUGGGCCGCCUCUCCAUCAAACCCACCGAGCUUCGGGAACUCCUCAAACUGCUCCGGACCGAGGGAGGCGGCGGCGCCCACCCCUACGCCACGCCGGUGAUCCGGGCGCUGUCCGCCAUGGCCAGGAGGGACGGGCCGGAUCGGGCGCUGCAGUAUUUCGAUCUGACCCCCAGCAUGUCCGGGAUCAUGGUGCCCACCAUGCAGAAGUGGCCCGGCGCCGGCUUCGCCUUCCACGCCUGGGUGUGUCUGAACGACGACUUCAGGGAGGAGCCAACCACGGGGAGGAAACGCAAACAGCUCUAUAGUUUUUUUGCAGGCAGCGGUACCGGAUUUGAGGCGUUCUUCACCGCGGACGGGAUGCUGGUGGUGGCGGUUUGUACCAAGAAGGAGUACAUGACGGUGGCAGUCCCGGAAUUGCACUUCAAUGACUCGGUGUGGCACUGCGUGGACAUCGUUCACAUCGCGGGACGCCGCCCCUUUGGGCAGAAUAUGGUGAACAUCUACGCCGAUGGGCAUCUCAGGAAGGUGGCACAGCUUCGCUUCCCGUCACUCAAUGAGUCUUUCACAUCUUGCUGUAUCGGGUCAGCCGGCCACCGUACCACCACCACCGUCUCCACCUCUCCAUCCCAUACUCCGGACCUCACCUUCGCCUCACACUCGGCGCUCAGCCGUUCCCAGUCCUUCCCGGCCACCUCGGUGGGGCACAGCUGGGGGCUGAGCGGCACGCAGAACCCACGGGAGGGAAUGGUGUCCACCAUAGUAGCUGGAACCCAGGACACGGAGUGGGGCACACCUACAUCACUGGAGGGCCAUCUUGGCACUGUAUCCAUCUUCCAUGAUACCAUCCAGCAGUCUCACGUGAAGGCCCUGUAUUCGGCUGGACCGAACUACGUGACGCCCUUCACCCCGGACAGCGAAUUCCCCGACCUCGGUGCCAAACUCCUCCUCUUCUAUACGCCGCAGGCUUCCAAAAACAAUAUCUGCUUGGACCUUUCCCCCAGCCAUGCGUUGGACGGGAGGCUGACCGGUCACCGGGUCAUCACCUGGGAUGUGAAGGAUGUGGUGAACUGCGUUGGCGGAAUGGGCGUCGUCCUUCCUUUGCUCAACCAGGUGGCGUUACAGACCAAAGAUGCUCCAGAUGACCAGGAGACCCAUGACCUGGUGGGCCCCGAACUCACCUCCUCCCAGAAUGCCCAUUCCAUGCAGCUUCCUCUGGGGAAAUCUUCAGAGAGCCGGUUGGAGAGGAACGGAGUGGCGGCUUUCCUUCUCAUGGUCAAGAAUUUCAUUCAGCAUCAUCCGGUCAAUCAGGAGAGCCUCCUGCAGUGUCAUGGGCCGGCUAUCAUUGGGGCCCUUCUGCAAAAGGUGCCUCCUCUUGUCCUGGACAUGAAUGUGCUGAUGGCAUCUCAGAUGCUGAUGGACCAGAUCUCAUUGGAAGGUCACCAUUACCUCCUCCAUCACCUCUACCAGCACGUACUCUUCGACUUCCGAAUCUGGUGCAACAGCGACUUCGCCGUCCGCCUGGGCCACAUCCAAUAUCUGUCUUCAAUCAUGAAAGACCACAAGCAGAGAAUUCGCAGGAAGUAUGGCGUGCAGUACAUUCUGGACUCAGUCAGGAGGCAUUAUGGGACACAAAAGGAGGACCAGAGCACUGAGGACAAUGUGAAGACGGUCCAGAUGUCCCUCUUCAGCCUGGCUAAAGAUUUCCUGGCCAAGAAUCUGAAUGCUGAGGAUCUGCACAGCGUGAUCAACUACACUGCGACCCUCAAUGACGAGGAGCAGGUAUGCGGGAUCCUAGACGUCAUCCACAGCCUCCUGAAAGCCAAAAACAUCAGCAACGAGCAACUGUACUGCUUCCUGCUGGAGCCGGGCCAUGUGGAGGUCUUCUACUACCUGCUGGUCCAGAAGAGGUUCUCCGACCAGCUGAGGGAGAAGGUCUUUAAGAUCCUGUACAAGUUACUCAAAUACGAGAAAGUCAACGAUCGACUCAAGCAUCGUCUGAAGCUGAAGGAUAUCGGAUACCAGGGACUCAUCUCCUUCCUGAAUGAUGUUCCCGUGUCCAUGCUGCUGAUCCGCUGCCUCUCAGAACAAGUCUUGGGCUCUGAUUUAACUCCUAAUUACAGAGAUCUUCUCGCUGUGGUUUAUCUGUCGCACAGGGCGGAGCUCUCGGUCAAGCUGGACGUUUGCCGGAAGCUCUUCCAUCUGAUCUAUUCCCAACAAGACAUUGUGCGCCAGCUGGCCAAGCAGAUCGGCUGGCAGGAUUUAUUGACCAAACUUUACAUCAAAGAGUCGUAUGAGACGAGGCCCCGUUUUCUAAGCAGCCCGUUGUAUGGAGGCACCAGGUGCCCAUUAAAACGAAUGGGCAGCAGCAAGGACUCGGAGUCUGGGACUUGCAAGGAAGGCAACAAUGGAACCCAUGGAUCGUUGGACAACGCUGAUGCAGAUGUUGUAUUUCCAGUGGGUUUUGAGGCCUCAGACAUGGACUUCUCUGAAGGCUUUUCUGACCAUUCCUUGUCUCCAGCAGCCAAAGAGAAACCCUUCCAUGCCUACAAUUUUAAGUCCUUUGACUCCUCAGACCAGGCCAGUCAUUCCUCCUCUAACCUUGUUGACCUUCCUGGCUCUGAGGAGGUGAGCUGUAGUGAUGGACCUCCAUAUGACAACAUCUACCAGCCCUUGUCUCCGUUCUCCAUGUCUCCCUUCGAUCUGAGGCUAGACUUGGGAAGCUCCAGCUCUGCGGCUACCAUGGAGAGCGGGAACCAGACGCCAGUCAGCCAGCCGGGGACGCCAUCCCCACUGGAGACCUUCAAGCCUUUUCCUGGGAUGAGAGUUCGGAAGAGUUCCAGCUUGUCUAAUGUCCUGGAUGAAAACAGCUACCAAGAGACGUUACCCAGUGACACCAUCUCAAAUACCAGCAACCCCCAGCAGACCCCUGAAGAAGAGCUGUGCAACCUUCUCACCAACAUCAUCUUCUCGGUCACCUGGAGAGGGGUGGAAGGCUCGGAGGACGCAGCGUGGAAGGAACGCGGUCAGGUCUUCUCAGUCCUCACUAAGCUCGGAUCGGCCUGUGAGUUGGUGAGACCUCAGGAUGAAAUCAAACGAAGCCUGCUGGAGAUGAUGCUGGAGUCGGCUUAUACGGACAUUAAGGAGGCCCCCGCCUCCACCAUGCCUGGCCUCAUUCAGAAUGUGUUGAAGCUGCUGAGACUUCUCCAAGAUUUCCUCUUUUCGGAAGGAGACAGCAAUGAGGUCCUCUGGAGUGAGAAGAUCUUUGAAGGAGUCAGUAACUUGCUGGACAAGUUGGGAGUUUGGUUUUACUUGGUGAAUGGGACAUCGGACCUGAAGGAGAUGGCUCAGAUUGGACUUCGGAUUAUCAUGGGGUUCAUCAAGUUAGAUUAUCAGCAGAUGCAUUCAUCAGCCUAUGUAAAACUGCACAGCCUCCUCCAAAGUGCCUCCUCACUGAAGAAGGAAGAGGCUUGUUUCCUGCUGGGGAACCUGCAGACUCCACUCCUGCAAUCCCUCAAUGCCAAGACUGAGGCCUACUCCUGCCUGGUGCCCAUUAUCCGCACACUAAUGGACCAGUGCUUCGAGUUACUACAGCUGCAGCAAUAUUUACCAUCUCUGCCACCUACCAAUGGAAGCCCCACCUUCUAUGAGGACUUCCAGAGUUUCUGCACCACCACCGAGUGGAGGCUCUUCAUUGAGAAACAUGUCCAGCCCACCAUGGAGCAGUUUGAGAAGGACACCUUUGCGAAGAGUCACCACCAGAUGUCCUCCUUCUGGAACUCCUGCUAUGAUGCACUUAUGAGCAGCUCGUUGAGACGGGAGGCCGAGAAGGGAGAGAGCAGAGACAAAUUUAAGGAGCUGAUCCUGGAGUCGGUAAAGAAGAGGAUGUCGCGGGAGAAUGCCCGAUAUAACAGUGUGCUGAAACAGAUCAACAGCCACCAUAACACGGUCCUGAGACAAUGGAAGUCUGUGCUGCGCCUGCUGACCUGUCCUCGCGGUGCCUGGGCCGAACGGAACCCGCCGGAGGUCCGGUGGAAGCUGUCCAGUGCGGAGACCUAUUCCAGAAUGCGGCUGAAGCUGGUGCCAAAUUACAAGUUUGACGAUCACACGGAGGCCAGCGCGCUCCGCGACAACCUGGGUACUGACCAGAGUCAGACGCUCACCGAUUCUUUCCCGCUCGCGGUGGCGAAGGAGGCGAAGGUGAACGAGAUGGAGGACGACCAGCUGGGCGACGAGGAUUUGCUAAAUAUUUAUCAUGAGGAGACCAAAGAGCCGAACCAGAGGGAGAAGCUGGUGAUUUCGGAGGACUGUGAGCUGAUCACCGUCGUGGACUUCAUUCCCGGGCGGCUGGAGGUCACCACGCAGCACAUCUACUUCUACGACCUGAGCAGUGAGAAGGAGGAGACGGAGGAGGGAAUCGGUUACGACUUUAAGCGGCCGCUCUCGCAGCUUCGCGAGGUCCACCUGCGCCGUUAUAAUCUCCGAAGGUCGGCUCUGGAAUUCUUUUUCAUCGACCAAUCCAAUUACUUUGUCAAUUUUAAGAAAAAGGUGAGGAAUAACGUCUAUUCCCGAAUCCUCGGCCUGCACCCCCCCAACCAGUUUCUGAUCGGCAGUCGUUCUCCGCAGGAGCUUCUCCAAGCCUCGGGCCUCACUCAGAAAUGGGUGUUUAGGGAGAUUUCUAACUUCGAAUAUCUGAUGCAACUCAAUACAAUUGCCGGGAGGACCUACAACGAUCUGUCGCAGUACCCGGUGUUCCCCUGGAUUCUGCAGGACUAUAUGUCGGAAACAUUGGACUUGGAUAACCCCGAGGUAUUCCGUGACCUCUCCAAGCCCAUCGGGGUGGUAAACGAGCGGCACGCCCGACAGGUGAAAGAGAAGUAUGAGAGUUUUGAGGACCCCACCGGUACGGUUGACAAGUUCCAUUACGGGACCCACUACUCGAACGCGGCCGGGGUGAUGCAUUAUAUGAUUCGGAUGGAGCCGUUCACCACCCUGCACAUCCAGCUGCAGAGCGGACGGUUUGAUUGUUCGGACCGCCAGUUCCACUCCAUCCGCGCCGCCUGGCAAGCCCGGAUGGAGAACCCUGUGGAUGUGAAGGAGUUAAUCCCAGAGUUCUUCUAUUUCCCCGAAUUCCUGGAGAACGCCAAUGGUUUUGAUCUGGGCCACCUGCAGAUGUCCAACGGGAAGGUGGAUGACGUGGUUCUACCCCGAUGGGCUUCAUCCCGGGAAGAUUUAGUAUACAAGCACCGGAAGGCCUUGGAAUCGGAGUAUGUGUCGGCCCAUCUCCACGAGUGGAUAGACCUGAUUUUCGGCUACAAGCAGAGGGGUGAAGCCGCUGUGGAGGCCCUGAAUGUAUUUUAUUAUUGCACUUAUGAAGGUGUGGUGGAUCUGGACGCCAUUGCGGAUGAGACGGAGAGGAAAGCGCUGGAAGGAAUUAUCAGCAAUUUUGGUCAGACUCCGUGCCAGCUUCUCAAGGAGCCGCACCCGGCACGCCUGUCCGCAGCGAGUGCAGCCCGGCGCCUGUCCCGGAUGGACACCUAUUCUCCCAAUCUGUUUGAGAAACGAUCAGAGCUGAAAACAUUCUUUGUGGAGGGAAUGAUGGAAGAGGUCCCCCUUGUCCUGAUGGUGGUCCCCAAAAAUCAGGCUCAUUCCUUCAUGACUCAGGGCUCUCCGGACGUUCUGGUCACAGUUAGUGCCAAUGGACUUCUGGGGACUCAUGGGUGGUUGCCCUAUGACAGGAACUUCUCCAAUUACUUCAGCUUCACCAAGGACCCCACUGUCUCCAACGUCAAGACACAGCGCUUCCUCCUUGGACCCUUUGCCCUGGGGGCCGAACUUUCUUCCAGGACUCUGGUCGUCUCUCAUGAUGCCAAACUAUUGUUCAGUGGAGGACACUGGGACAACAGCCUACGCGUCACGUCCCUGAGCAAAGGGAAAGUCAUCGGUCACAUAACCCGACACAUCGAUGUGGUGACAUGCCUGGCGCUGGACUUGUGCGGGAUGUACCUCAUUUCCGGAUCGCGGGACACCACGUGCAUGGUGUGGGAGGUCCUUCAGCAGGGCGGCUUCUCCUACGGACUGUCCCCGAAGCCUGUGCAGGUGCUGUAUGGUCACAGCGAUGAGGUCACGUGUGUCGCAAUCAGUACGGAGCUGGACAUGGCCGUCUCUGGUUCUAAGGACGGCACCGUCAUUGUAUUCACCAUUCGGAGGGGGCAGUUUUUGAGGUGUAUUAGGCCCCCCUGUGAGAGUUCCCUUCCUCUGACCAUCUCCCACCUGGCUGUGGGUCUGGAGGGGCAGAUUGUGUUCCAGAGCACCAUCGAAGGCCGGAGCUCCCUGAAGGACAAGUUUUCUCUGCACUUGUACUCGGUGAACGGGAAGAACUUGUCUUCGGUGCCUCUGGAUGAGCAAGUGUCGGCGCUCUGUGUCACCGAGGAAUUUGUGGUACUCGGCACGGCACAAUGUUCCCUACAGAUCCGAGACCUCCGCAGCCUCGCUCCGGCCGUUAGUCCACUGCCGAUGAAGGUCCCGGUGCACUGCGUGUCUGUCACCAAAGAGAACAGCCAUAUCCUGGUGGGUCUGGAGGAUGGGAAGCUGAUUGUGGUGGGAGCUGGGCAGCCCCUGGAGGUGAAGACGGGGCAGUUUACGAGGAAACUCUGGGGCUCAACACGCCGGAUAUCGCAAGUCUCCUCUGGAGAGACCGAAUACAGGCCAACGGAGACCAAGUGAACCAUAAGAAGAUCAUCUCUUGUGGUCUGCAGUAAAAUAGCACCCCCUUCCGAGCCGCUCAGAUUACAUGGAUCGGGGGGGGAUGGGCUUGGGGAAUCCUGUGCAGGAUGGUACCCUGGGCAUGAACUGAUGUCUGAAUGUGAUGCAAUCACCCGCCGCACCUUUCUCCAGAAACACUGGACCACCGAUUGCCUUAGAAGAGGCCCUUGCACUGCCUCCGCAAAGACAUUUUUUUUUUUUUUUAAAAAAGGUCAAUAAUGAGACUUGCAACAGUAACAGCAAAAGUUCGAAGUGUCGCACGGACGACGGCCUUGUACAUUGGACCGCUGAGGGUUCCUUGCUGCUUCGGACCUUCGGCCUGAUGCGUAUUUUUGCAGCGCCCGGCUGCUGUUUUUUUUUUUUU